GUCGCACGAAGUGCUCCGCAUCAAGGGAGCUGCCGCUGAUUCGGUGUGAAGAGACGCGGCGCUCGACACUUACCAGCCUACUCUUUAAAACUUUGAUUUCUCUCGUCCCGUUUUCAAAGACGAGCUUUAUACAUGGGGGAUACGAAGAUUACUCCCGAGGCGCUGGAGCAACUACUUCUAUUUUACAAUCUUACUCGUCAGGAGUUUAUUGAGACGUAUCAGAUUCAGCCGUUGGUUUACAUCCCCGAGUUACCGGCCAGCGCCAAAACCGCAUUUGUUAUUGUGUACACGCUGAUUUUUCUCCUGGCUCUCGUUGGAAACAGCCUGGUCGUGUGUAUUGUUUUAAGAAAGCGCGGGAUCCAGACCGCCACAAACAUUUUUAUCUGCUCCCUGGCCGUCAGCGACCUCCUGAUAUCUUUCUUCUGCAUCCCUUUCACUCUGCUGCAAAACAUCUCCUCUGAAUGGUUCGGGGGUGUGUUGGUGUGCAAAACAGUUCCCUUUGUUCAGACCACUGCUAUUGUGACUGGCAUUCUCACAAUGACCUGCAUCGCUGUGGAGAGGUACCAGGGGAUUGUACACCCUCUAAAAAUCAAAAGACAGUGCACUCCACAAAGAGCAUACAGAAUGCUGGUGGUUGUCUGGAUUGAGGCCAUGAUGGUUGGAUCUCCAAUGCUCUUUGUUCAACAGUUAGAGGUGAAAUAUGAUUUUCUAUAUGAUCUCCAUCAUGUGUGCUGUCAGGAGCGCUGGACCUCGAGUGCCCACAGGAAACAGUAUGCAACCUUUAUUCUAGUGUUCCUCUUCCUCCUGCCUCUCGCAGCCAUGCUGCUACUCUACACCAGAAUUGGUAUUGAGCUCUGGAUUCGCAAACAAGUUGGAGACUCCUCAGUCCUCAAUACCAUGAACAAAAGGGAGGUCUGCAAAAUAUCCAGAAAGAAGCGAAGGGCCAUCAAGAUGAUGGUCACCAUUGUUGUGUUGUUUACUGUCUGCUGGGCCCCUUUUCAUACGGUUCAUAUGCUGUUUGAAUACAGUUACCUGAACAAAACGUAUGAUGACAUCACAAUCAAUAUGCUUAUUGCUGUUGCACAGGCCAUAGGAUUUUCAAAUUCAUUCAACAAUCCUAUCAUUUAUGCAUUUAUGAAUGAGAACUUCCAGAAGAACUGCUUGUCCACCUUUUCAUUUUGCAUUAGGCGGUCCAGUCAACGUGUCGAUGUUAAGGACAAAGCGACAAAGGACAAGGUACUUUUUUGUAAGUCUGCCAGACAAGAAGAAGACAUCUCAGUCGUACCUAGAAUACAUAUAGUUGAUCAAGUUCAAUCUGGAAGACCAAACAUGCAAACAUCUCUGUCAUUUCUGGAGGAGAGGAUCUGCUAAGAGCAAUAGGAUACAUGCAAGAUGUAUUCUAUCUAUCUAUUUAUCUAAUAUGUAUCAAUAUAUAUGUAUACACUGUUCAAAAUUCCUUUUUUUUUUUGUCUUUUAUGCUUACCAAGGUCAUAUUUAUUUGCUAAA